UGGCCUACCUUUCUCUUAUUCUCUCGCCACGAUUACCAUCCAUAUCUCGAACCGUAUAGCUUCCCUUUCGUCGCCACCUUUGAUUCUCUUCCCCUAUAUCACACAGUCUUUCAUGGCAGAAGAAGAACCCAGCAGAGUAGAAGUAACACAUAACCAACCUGUCAAAAUGACAGAAGAAGAUGAGAAGAAGCUCCGCAAGGAACAAGGUGCGCCGUCUAAAGGAUACAGCUAUCCAGUCAGAGAUCGACGCGGGGCCCUAUGCGCAGCUAUAGUCAUCUUCCUACUCUUGGCCGGCAUCACCGCUCUUACAGUCUGGUUAGUUUAUCGCCCGCAUAAGCCAAAGUUCAGAGUCGUUAGUGCCGCCGUUUAUGAACUGAACGCCACCUCUCCGCCUUUCAUAUCUACAACCAUGCAGUUCACGGUGGUGACCAGAAACCCCAACAAACGAGUCUCCAUUUUCUACAAUCAACUUUCGGCGUUUGUUUCCUACAAGAACCAGGCCAUCACGCCACCAGUAAUCCUGCCACCUUUAUUUCACGAGACCAAAAGCACGGUGGCUCUGUCCCCGGUGCUGGGAGGAUCUACCCUGCCAGUGCCGGCUGAAGUGGUUAACGGGCUGAUGAUGGACGAGGCUUACGGGGUGGUGGGCCUGAGGCUAGUGUUGACGGGGAAGCUGAGAUACAAGGCGGGAGCCAUAAGGAGUAGGCGUUACGGAGUAUAUGUAAGGUGCGAUUUGUUUGUGGGGUUGAAGAAAGGGAUUGUCGGGCAACUGCCUCUGCUUGGAUCUCCGGCCUGCAUAGUUGACGUGUGAAUUGAUCUAGUUCAGUUCGUAAGCUUUAAUUGUUUUAAUUUUACCGCCUUUCUUUCCGCAAUGCUGACAUGAAGUUAAUUUUGCUUGUAAAUUAUCGAUUUUAUUCGCUGAUUAAUUAAGGUAUGGUAUUGCCUGAAAA